AUGAAGUACGUUGUUGUAUCAGGUGGUGUAAUUUCAGGUAUUGGGAAAGGUGUUUUAGCAUCAUCAACUGGGUUAUUAUUUAAAACUUUGGGAUUAAGAGUAACUUCUAUUAAAAUUGAUCCGUAUAUGAAUAUUGAUGCAGGUACAAUGUCUCCAUUAGAACAUGGUGAAUGUUUUGUUUUAAAUGACGGAGGAGAAGUUGAUUUAGAUUUAGGUAAUUAUGAAAGAUAUUUAAAUAUUACAUUAACUAGAAAUCAUAAUAUUACAACUGGUAAAAUUUAUUCAAAAGUUAUUGAAAAAGAAAGAAAAGGUGAUUAUUUAGGUAAAACAGUUCAAGUUGUUCCUCAUAUUACAAAUGCAAUUCAAGAAUGGAUUGAAACAGUUUCUAGAAUACCAGUUGAUGAUACAGGAUUAGAACCUGAAGUUUGUAUUGUUGAAUUAGGUGGUACAGUUGGUGAUAUAGAAAGUGCACCAUUUGUUGAAGCAUUAAGACAAUUUCAAUUCAGAGUUGGAAGUGAUAAUUUUGCAUUAAUUCAUGUAAGUUUAGUACCAGUUAUACAUGGAGAACAAAAAACAAAACCAACUCAAGCAGCAAUAAAAGAUUUAAGAAGUUUAGGUCUUACACCAGAUAUGAUUGCAUGUAGAUGUCAAGAAAAAUUAGAACAUCAAACUAUUGAAAAAAUUGGAAUGUUUUGUCAUGUUGGUCCAGAUCAAGUUAUUGCAGUACAUGAUGUUAAUUCAACUUAUCAUGUUCCACUUUUGUUAAAACAACAAAAAAUUAUGAAAUUUUUAACAAAAAAAUUAAAUAUUGGAGAAGUUGAUUCAAAUUCUUUAAUUAAAGGUGAAGAAUUAUUAAGUAAAUGGAAACAUUUGACAAGUGCUCAUGAUAAAUCAUUUGAAACUGUUACAAUUGCUUUAGUUGGUAAAUAUACACAUUUACAUGAUUCAUAUUUAUCAGUGAUUAAAUCAUUAGAACAUGCAUCAAUGAGAUGUAAUCGUAGAUUAAAAAUUGAAUGGGUUGAAUCAACAAAUUUAGAAGAUACAAUGAAGAAUGAAAAUUUAUCAGAAUAUCAUAAAGCAUGGCAUUAUGUUUGUCAAGCUGAUGGGAUUUUAGUUCCAGGUGGGUUUGGAUCAAGAGGAAUCGAAGGGAUGAUAUCAGCAACUAAAUACUCAAGAGAAAAUAAUAUACCAUUUUUAGGAGUUUGUUUAGGUUUACAAGUUGCAGUAAUUGAAUUUGUACGUAAUGUUUUAGGUAUAAAAGGUUCAACUUCACAAGAAUUUGAUAAUUAUAAAGAAGAAGACAAUAUUUUACCAUCAGUUAUAUAUAUGCCAGAUGUUGAUCAAAUUAAAUUAGGUGGUACAAUGAGACUUGGUAUACAUGAAACAAAAUUUAUUGAAAACUCAGAUUGGAGUAAAUUACGUAAAUUAUAUGGAGGAUCUAGUUCAGUAUUUGAAAGACAUAGACAUAGAUAUGAAGUUAAUCCAGAACUAAUAAAUCAAAUAGAAUCUAAAGGUUUACAUUUUAUUGGAAAAGAUGAAUCUGGUAAAAGAAUGGAAAUGAUUGAAUUAUAUAGUGAUUGUCAUAAAUUUUUUGUUGGUACUCAAUAUCAUCCUGAAUAUUUAUCAAAAGUUUUAGAUCCUUCAAGACCAUUUUUAGGUUUAGUUGCUGCUUCUGCUGGUAUAUUAGAUGAGAUUUUAAAAAGAGAUGAUUUAAAUUAUAAAGGAGAAUUUUGA